AUGCGCGCUUUUCUGAUGUUUUGCUUGGUGGCCAUCGUCCGCGGCCAGUACGACUACACGCCCGGAUCGCAUGCCGGAGAUGGCAACGGAGGACUUAUUGGAGUGUCCAGCAGUGGUGCUGCCCAGCUCUCCGAGCCCAUACUCAUUUCCAACGAGUUCAACAAGGAGUUCUUCUCCUACAGCGCCCCAGAGCAGGAGUACGAUAAUCCGAACGCCAACGAGCAGAUUGCCAAUUCGCUAAAGAAGAACCUCCGGGUACUCUUCAUCAAGGGGCCCGAGAAUACGGGUCUCGAGCAGGCAGCACUCCAGUUAGCCACCUCGGCCUCCGACGACCGCACCGCCAUCUACGUGCUCAACAAGCAGGCUGACAUUGGGGAUCUGACCAACAAGCUCAACCAAAUCAAAGUGCAGACAAACCACAAGCCAGAGGUGCACUUUGUCAAGUAUCGCACUCAGAGCGACGCGGAGAAUGCUCAGCGGACUAUUCAGGCUCAGUACGACUCGCUGCCUGGCCCCUCUAGCAACCACAAUGCUGGCUCCUCAGCCCCGGUCCUGGACUUUGCCUCCAAGGGUGUUGUCGGCGGAAUCGUGGGAGGUUCUGUGGUCCCGGGCAAUAUAAAUGCACCAUCGACUAGCGCGUAUUUGCCACCACCGAACCGAAGGUUUUAGA